CUUUCGGUCACUCGUGUGACAAUCCUUUCAGCCUUUUUCCCAAUCGAUUGUCCACCACACCUUAUUGUCCUCGUUGAGGGGGGGGGGGGUUUAAGAUGAGAUGUAAACCUCAUUCGCUGCAUUCACACCCCCCUAAACGUUUCUGCCUCGGUACGAUUUAUUCGGUUUCUAGCUAACGCUCCGGAAGCGGUCACGGCCUGUUCAUCCAUUCAUAUUUUUUAUUUAUUUAUUCAACCAUGCGUAUCUACCACCCCCUCGUACCGCUCUUAUUCGCCGUCCCUUCUUUAGGCAGUUUAUUCGGCAGCGACUCGAGCUCUACCACCUCUGCCUCGUCCUCUUCUUCCACCACCUCCUCAUCGGCGACAUCUGACGAAGUUACCUUUCUCCAAACCCUCCAAGCUGCCGAGAUCUCUUCCAUGUCAUGUCUCAUCACCCUCGUCAACAUGACCACCUCUUCCCUCGGUUCAUGCCUCUCCCUCACCUCUCUCGCUAGCCUCAUUUCCAACCCUUCUUCCUCCUCCGUCUCCUCCGCUGGGCAAGGUUUCUCCGACCAGCUCAACACUUACCUAGGGACAGUAUGUUCCUCAACAUGCAGUGAAAGUGAUUUGCUAGAUGGCAAGAGUCAGCUGGCAGCGGUUUGUGAUACGAACAAUACGUUGGUGAGCGUGUUGGAUGCCGUGUUGGAUAAUUAUUCGUCGAGUUAUAGGACGUUGGCUUGUCAGGUUUACUACAACGGAACAUCCGAACUCUGCCUCCCCAGCACACUCAACACAUCCACCACCGCCAACUCUUACACCUUUUUCGACGCCCUCGUAGCCGGGUCGAGCAGUGAUCUCGAAACGUACCAGGACUCGGUUUUCACCCAGGCGGAAUGUACGGGGUGUAUGUAUGAAAUGUUUAAAGCUGCGCAAUACACAAUCCCCAGCAUCCGCGGCCAAUCCCUAACCGAAACAUUCGCCAACCACCUGAAAAACGACUGCCCUUCUUCUUCAGGGGAUAACUCGACAAGCUCGAUUGAUUGGAGUGAUGUGGAUGAUCAGCAGAUUCCGGAUUCCUUGGAGGUUAGCCAGAGUACGCAGGUUACGACUAGUGCGGCGGUCGGAAGACAAGUCGAGGUUGGGAUGGUGGGGGUGCUGGGGGUGGUGGGCAUGGGGGCGAUAUGGAUAUUGUAG